AUGGAUUUGUUAACAUGUGAAAGUGUAAUACCAACACUUUGUUUCUGUGUUGCCUUCCUCCGUUUCGUUUCUUUUCCUUUGACAAUUGAAAAGUGUACUUCCUCUCGUUACAAGUACGUACCUGUUACAAUUAUACUCAACUGCCUUUUGCAUUGUCUUCGGGUGACGCUGUGUUCUUGUGCCCUUUCACGCGCCGUCCGUCUGGAGAAGUGGAUGUGUAAAGACAGGAAAGGGGGCCUCUCGAAUGGCCGUUAUAAAAAGGUAGUAAGUGUGCGCUUCUGGUCAUUAUCUCUGCGACGUAUUCUUGAAGAACACUCCUUAUCAUGCGCGCGGUCGUGUUCGCCGCGGUGGUCGUGGUGGUCUCGGCUGCCAUUCUUGCCUCCGCCGACCCCGACCCUGGCUUCAAGAAAGGAUACGGCAGAAGGCACGUGGGAUACGGCAAGGGACACGUUAAGGGCCAUGGGAAAGGACAUGGUGGAUACGGACACGGAGGAGGAGGAGGAUACGGAGGAGGAGGAGGAUACGGAGGAGGAGGAUACGGAGGAGGAGGAGGAGGAGGGAAAGGACACGGCGGACACGGCAAAGGAAUCGGAAAAGGUUUCAAAGGAUUCUACAAAGGAUUGAAAGGCCUGUCUACGGGGUUUAAAAGCUUCUACAAAGUUGGACAAAAAGGAUACGGCGGAGGAAAGGGAGGAUAUGGCAAGGGCAAAGGGCACGGGGGGAACGGAAAAGGAGGCGGGAAGGGCAAAGGGCAUAGAGGGUAUAGCCAUAGGUGAGAAACGAGUGAGUAAAAUUUAAAAGAUAUUUCAAAACAAUGUAAAAGCAUUCAACGGUGACUAUACAGGUUAUCGUUGUUCAUAUAAUACUUUCUUUUCCAUCGCACCCAUUUCUCUUACUGUUAAAUGAAACUAUUUCAGGAAAGCAGAAGAGGAGAGUUAUUCUUUCAGUAAAAUUCCGCGAGUAAGGAAUUGUGUUGAUAGUCAUUUGUAACAUAAAGAAUGCUUAUAAUGACUUAAAAGAUAUGUAGUCUACUCCUGGUAAAUCUAAGAGUUGUUUUGUCAUUUAAGUGUUUGCGUGUCAGUUAAGGGAAUAAGAACAUGUAAAAUUUGGACGAACUGUAUCCACUUUUAUUAAGUUCAGGAGAUUUAUUGAACUUUAUAAGUUUGCAUGAUUGCUUUUGUAGACUCGGUUUACUUUUCUAAUAAAUUAGAUAAAGUUAAUUUCAUAGAAAUAGCUUUGUUAUCAUAGAAAGCUGUUUUGCACUCAGUGUUAUAGUUUGCAGUGGUAGAAUAGUAUGUUAUUGGUUAUGUAACUUCAUAUUUCAGUGUAGUUAAAAGGAUGGUACAUUAUGUUGAUAUAUGGAAUGUGAAAUAUGUUAAU